AUUUUGUGUACACACUGCUAUGACUUUUACCUACAACAUUUGAAAUCAGCUGUUUAUUGCGUACUGAGCGGGAAACGUAAUUAAAUGAGUCUGGAAAUUAGCAACAGUUUUGGAUUUACUUGCAAGGUAUUAAAAAAACAAUGUGAUAGCACACAGAUUAAUCAAUGGGCUGCCUGCGGUCUUGAAGAUCUACUUAAAUGUUUAAACGCAAAGGAAAAGCUUUUGUUGGCCAAGUACUUUUGUCAAUUGCCAUUAAAUUUUGGCAGCUUUCGUGUGUUGCGCCAGUUGCAACAUCGAAGAAUUCUCACAGCCACCGAAUACAUUUGCAGCAUUAGGGAUGAAGAGCAGCUGCAAUUGAUAUUAAUUGAGUUUCUACAAAGUGAACAUGAUUUAUUGUCGAAUCUGUUUAUUUCGGCUCAUUAUGACUCAUUAAAUACCAUUCGAUUGCAAAAUAUGCUUGAAACUGCAUUGCGAAAUCUAUUUGUCGCUCUCUCUGGCAAUCCCAAGAUCUGUAAUCUAAACUACGUGGAACCCUUAAGCAAAUCUUUACCAGCUGAUGUAUUAAUCAAUGUUUGCCUGGAAAUGCAUUUGAGCAUUUUGCUGGAGUUGCAUGAGGUUGAGGAUGUAAGCCUGGCAUUUCAACACUUUAGCACAUGGAUUAACGAGGGCGUCGAUGAACUUACAUUUGUCAAAUGCAUAACAGAAAAACUUCUUGGCAGACAUCAACAGGAGGCUCUUAACUAUCUAUUUAAACUGUCAACAGCGAUUAACUUAAAACAUUGGAAGUUUUAUCUUAUUUUGGUGCAGUCCAUAGCCAGCUCAAGCAACGAAGAAACAAUCUCAUUUAUAAAGAAAUACCUUAAGAAUCGUUUGCAGCAUGUAGCCAGUUUGGGCUGUCAGUUCUCCUUGUUGCAUCUACUACUCACUGCUCGUGCUGCGGCGGCAACUACAAUGAGUAUACAACAGAAUCUGGAUAACUAUGCCCAGUGGUACAAGCAGAAUAUUGGCGAAAUGUCAUAUGUGCUUGGCAACGAGCAAUUUCAAAUUGUGCUUAAUAUUUUGGAUGACUCUGUGCAUUACGAACAGGAAAUUGAUUAUCUUGAGAUUCAUGCAGCAAUUGCCAUUUCUCCAGGUGGCAAGCUUGUGCAGGCCUACAAAACCAAAUGCAAGGCGCAUUUGUCCCGAUUAAAAGCUGCUAGCAAACAGAAAAAUUACAGAUAACAAAUAUAUUUACAGACCUACACCUACAACCAA